AUGAAGCUGCCCCUGCUGCUGUUGCUAAUCCAGUCGUGUGCCUUUGUGGCCAAAGCCACUCCUGCCCGACACUGGCGUCGAGCCCCCUCCCACGGAGUUUUCAACGUCGAUGUCUAUGCCUACAACAAGCCUCGGAUGAACCUCGCCGGUCGCCGGGCGAUGGCCAGUGGAUCUUCGGCGGAUCCGCCCCCCAUGGAUCACCUACUGCAGCAGAUCUCCCAAAACAGUCGCCGAUCCGCCGACCAGAGGUCCCACUAUAGGAACCUUGACGAUGAGUUUGAGGUCCUGGCAGUGGCAGGACAGAGUCGAGCCAGCGAGCUAAGCAAAACAAUUGAGAACUCGGCCAUAAAUAUGCAAUUGAUGCCGCUGCAAAUGAACUCGGGUCUGCACGCACAGGAGAAUUUAUACUCGAACGAGUUCCAUGUGCAAAGUGUAGGGACCAAGAAGAUAGUGCAAUUGAAUACCCUGACUACCGACCAUGAACGUAAACCAAUCGUCGAGGAAGUUAUGGCCCAAAGGCAGCACCAGGAGGAGCAGCAGGAGCCGCUAAAGGUGAAGCUGACACUGCCAGAGCUUCCCGAACACAAUGCAGCAGAAACAGAAACCAUGCUUGGACAGGAUAGCAUCGGCAAAAAAGAUGGCCCAGUCUCAGACGCCACGACGACAGCUCCUGCGGCGGAGUCCCUGACAAGUGUGAAAAAAACUAUGGCCCCGAGUGGGACAAUUAUCGAUAUGGCAUCGACAGGAAUGCAGCAGCUUGUCAGCAGGCCGACAGCGGAGAAUGCCGGUGACACGAGCACAAAGGUUCACUCCGGCAAGAAGAGGAAGGACGAAACCAGAGCCCGAACCCCUCGACCGAAGGCCAAGCGAAAGCAAACUCCAACAGCAGCAAAGUUGUCCAAUGAAACUGAUACAAAGAUGUCAGCGAGCCAAGCUGUCACCAGCCCAGCUCCUGCAGCUCCAUCCCCUGAAACUAACCCAAUCCUGAGACCAAGUCGUGGUCCAUCGAAGGCGAAGCAACCGACGAAGGAAUUGGAAACACAAUCACCGGAAAUCAGCACGCAUCGUCCCUUAACAACGAAAAGCAAGGGUAAGGGCAAGGGUAAGGGCAAAGAUAAACGUCGCCAGGAAUCACAGCGACGUCCUGCAAACGCGGGAGUAAUGGAGGAGGAAAUUGAAACUACGACAAAUUGGUGGCAGAUUCUCCCGUAUGCGGAAAUUAGAAAAUUUCUGAAUACGAUUUAUGAUACCAUCGCCGAUGAUGCUGACGACGAACGUGCCACGGAUGAUAUGUGA